UUUAUGUAUUUUUACGAUUGCCACAAUAUUUCUAUAUUUCUUAUGAUAAGUUGGAACGUGGUCUACCUUUUAAGUUAUAAUGUAUAAUCCAGUUGCAGUUUUUCUUUUUUGGACUGUUCUAAAAUUUGCAGUGUUUGAAGUGACCGCGGAUUGGUUUAGUGAUUUAAACAGCGAAUUUGAAGAAUUUAAACAAAAAUUCUACAAAUGGUACGAUUUUGGACAGUUUAAAGAUUUCGACAUCAAAAGAUUUUCAAGUAACACAGAUAAAGAUGUGGCCUUCUUGACAAAUUUGAUAGAAGAUGUACGAAAGCAAGCCCUUACUUAUCAAUUACCUAUGAAUGCCAGCAAAUAUAAAGCCAACAAAAAAUCUCUUAAAGAUUUCGGUUCCUUUGAUUUUAUUAUAGUUGGAGCAGGACCUGCUGGCAGUCUUUUAGCUAACAGAUUAUCUGAAGUGGAAGACUGGAAAAUAUUGCUAAUAGAGGCUGGUGGUUUUAGAGAUAACAUCACGGAUAUACCUAAUAUGUACUUCGAAGUCGAAUAUACGGACUAUAAUUGGGGAUUCGUCAGUGUUCAACAAACAACUGCCUGUUUAGGUAUGGUUGACAGAAAGUGUCCAAAUGCCAGAGGACGAGGAGUAGGUGGCUCAACUUUAAUAAACGGCUUGGUCUACUCUAGAGGUUCGAACCUAGAUUUUGACCGAUGGGCGAAUAAAGUUCAAGAUUCUAGGUGGUCAUACAAUAACGUUUUGCCUAUUUUUAAAAGAACCGAAAGGUUCAACCACAGAGACAAGCGAACUCCUGUUGAUCGAUCAGUUCAUGGAUAUCAAGGUCUCCUCAAUGUGGAGUACCAUCUACCCGAAAGCCCUCAACUAAUAGCCUGGCUACGUGCACAUGAAGAACUAGGUUUACCGAUAUCUGAUUACAACUCUGGAACAGGUUUAGGUGCAUCUCCUGCUCAAAUCAAUACACAAAAUGGACGAAGGCAGGAUGCUGGAACAGCGUUUGUACUACCUAUUCUCAAGAGAAAAAAUUUAUGGGUUUCUACCUACAGCUAUGCCACCAGAAUCCUUAUAGAUCGAAACAAAGUAGCUAGAGGAGUUGCUUUUACUAAAGAUGGUCAAAGUUUUAUCGCUACAGCCUCUAAAGAAGUCAUAGUUAGCGCAGGAGCAUUUCAAACACCACAGCUUCUUAUGUUGUCAGGAAUCGGACCAACAGAUCAUUUAAACGCUUUGAAUAUACCAGUAGUUCAAGAUUUAGCAGUAGGUAGUACUCUUCGGGAUCACUCUUGUUUUUAUGGCUUAUCAUUUAGUACCAAUUACACAGAGCCCAUUUUGCCACUAAAGAAUUAUGUAUCACAGUUUUUGAAAGGAGUAGGACCAUUAGCUGCACCGGGAAAUAAUCAAGGAGUUGGAUUUUAUGAAUCACAAUUUACUAGAGGUACUGGUUACCCAGAUAUAGAAAUAAUGUUCAUACCAUCAAAUGCUACAACCGACCUAUCCCAGAGAGCGUUCAGGUUGACCAAUGAGACGUACGAAGAUGUCUGGAAGUACACCAACCCAGCUAAGUCUUUCGUAGCUUACAUAACAUCACUACAUUCGGAUUCGAUAGGUACUGUUCGUUUGAGAAGUAAAGAUCCUUUCGACUACCCACUAAUCGAUAACAGAUUCUUAUCAGAUCCGGACAACAGAGACUUAAGACGACUUUACGAAGGUAUACUUAUUUUCUUGAAGAUAACGAACACCAAAGCCAUGCGCAGUAUAGAUACAAAGUUACAAGGAGGACCUUUACGUGCAUGUAAACAACAUCGGUACCAAUCUAGGGAAUACUGGUUCUGCGCACUUCGACAGAUGACUAUGAACCUUUACCAUCCUGUAGGAACUGCGCCCAUGGGUCCAGAUCCUCAUCGUGGAGAUGUGGUAGAUUCCGAAUGCCGAGUUUAUGGUGUUAAAGGGCUGAGAGUUGCAGAUGGAAGUGUUUUUCCUUUUACACUAGCAGGUCAUCCUAAUGCCGCCGUUACUUUGGUGGGGGAAAUGGCGUCUGAUUUUAUUAAGAAUCAAUAUGGCAAAAGUAGUAUAUUCACUUAAACAAUAUGUAUAAUAUAAGCAAUAGUAAUAUAUUUACUUAAACCUUUA